AUGGGCCCCACUGGUCUCCACGGCCUCAAUGACAAUGGCCUGCUCCUUCUACGAAUUCGCGAAGAACACCACCUCAUCCUGACCAACAUUUUCUUCCGCCUUCCGACGCGAGAGAAGGCGACCUGGAUGGACCCUCGGUCGCGGCACUGGCACCCGCCGGAUUAUGUCCUCGUGCGGAGGCGAGACCAGCAGAAUGUGGUGGUGACAAUGGUGAUUCCAUGUGCCGACGGGUUAAUGGACCAUCGUCCCGUCAUCUCCAGAACGAGGAUCCGCCUUUAGCUAACUGGGAGACCUCAAAGUUGGCGACCACCAGGUAAGCUGAAUGUGCCUGCUCGCCACUUGCACUUCAGCUGUGAGCCAGCUCAACAGUUAUCCAACCUUCAGUUUCCGCCACCGACGAGAACGUCAUCGUGGAGAACCGGCGGUGCCAGCUGAGGGACACGAUGCAGUCAACUGUCCUGGCUGUGCUUGGUCGCGCACGCCGUAAACAUCAGGACUGGUUCGACGACGAAGACGCCACCAUUUGCAAAACUGCUCGCCAAGAAGAACCGGCUUCACAAAGCCUACGUUGACCGCCCUACUGACGCAAACAAAACAGCCCUCAAUCGAUUUCGCUGCCUUCUGAAACAGCGGCUGCCGGAAAUACAGGAGGCCUGGACGGCUCACGAGCCCGAAGAGAUCCAAGGGUACGCGUACCGCAACGAAUGGAAGAACUUCUUUGUUGCCUUCUUGCCUGUCCACGGUCCCACAGCCGGAGGAACCGCUCCUCCCGUCAGCACCGAGGGAACUGAGAAUGCGCAAGUUUUGAAGCAAUGA